GCAUGUCGUCUGUCAUCGGUUGUAAACGCAAAAUAUACGUUAGAAGCUUUCUCGUGGCUUGGUUCAUCAGUGGGAUGGUUUCAGUGAAGUUCUAUUGUUUACAUAACCUAACCUAGAUAAUGGUUAUUGCAAUUUCUGCUAUCUGCAAGUUCAAUCGUGGAUUUCCUAAUAUUUUGAUUUGAGAUAAAUGAAAGUGAUGAAUUUUGAUCUGGAUGAUAUAUUCAAAAGUGAACAAACUGGGUCUCCGAGUAGUGUUCGAGUUAAAUGUGAUACAUGCCGCAUUAGGUAAAAUAAUACCUGUCGGGUGUCGCACAACCCGCAGCGAAUGCAGCAGCUAUCGAAAGAGCACCUUUUGUGGUUUCCGUUGACUCUGUGUGAUGGUGAUUCGGAGGUUGCAUUUUUGCCGAUGCGUGUACGUGUACUGGGAGCAACCGUGUGCUGUUGUGUAGAGGAUCUCGAGGGCUGCGCGGAUUGAAUACCGCCAAGCCUGGUUGCUGCUUCGUAUGGGUCGUUUACAGCUUAUACUUGCCAGUAUGUCUAUUUUGUUAGUUCAACUGAAUAAUUGUUGCUGAUUAUCCAGGUGUUUCUAACGCGGGAUGAAUGUUAUGUAAGCGUCAAGUACGAUUUGAUGCUUUCUGUUACACGUUUGUUGUGUCUGUGGUUUUCGUAGAAUAAAAAGUAUAGUAGUGACAAGAUUGGUUGUGUUGUACUUCGCUUAGCGUAAACUGCAGAAUUCAGACUGACAGUUUUUUUCCACACCGUCCAUUGAAGUACUAUUGUAUUACACUGCGACCAAGUGAAGAGAUCUGUGGGUGCAAAAACAAAGGUAGAAAACGAAUAAAAAAACAUUCGCGCGACAAGUUAAUUAGCACAUCUGAACAAGCUGGCAGUCUGGUAAAUUUAUCCUGUUCAGAACGUUCGUUUUUUUGUAUUUACUUCUUGUGUAACGCCUUCGACAAAAACGCCACCAUGUCCGCUGAAUUAGCGGCCACCAUUGACAUCACCACUAUCAAAGAUGAGGACCUGCUCCGGAAACUGUGGCACGACGCGCAGGACUUCGGCCGCAAGCGGGAGAUCCGUGCGCAUAUGUACAAACUGCGUGAGGAGCGCCUGAAAGCAUUGUACUCGCAAAUCGAGACUCCUCCGCUGGCAUCCAUCAUGGAACAGCAGAACAACAUUACCAGCAAGUAUGGUUUGUCGAAAACGACCGUCACCGGCAGUCACGGCGAUUCGCUGGCCGAUCAGAGCUUCGAAAGUUUAAAAUCCAAGGAAGUUCGUGAUUCGGAAAGUCCUACACGCUUUGGAACGGUUAUUCCGUCAGACAACAGCGGAUGGCACGUGACUAAAUCGGAGGAGGUGAGCGCUGACGGUACGCACACAGUGCGAAGUUCAGCAACCACCGAAGGCACUAAAGAAGUAGAAGGUGGCCGAACAGCAUUUACUGGAAAAAAUGAAGAAGCCGUCAGUGAACGCAUGGUAGGGGAUGCUGAUAAUUUUGUUCACAAUAAAAAACACGACCAAGCGACUUUUCUUGCCGAAAAGGGCGUUUUCGAGAAAGAAGAUGGCAGUAAGGUAGAAACGUCUCACUCUACGUCGGUGACUUCGUCCUCGUCCCGGAUGGUCAGCAGUUCGAAGCAAGUAACUGGCGAUGAAGCAGAUUUUGUGCCGAUUAAAAUGGAUACAAGCGAUAUGAAAAUUUCGCAUCAGCAAACUUCCGAUCUUAAAAGUCAGCGUACUCGCAAUCGUGUAGAGUAUAUACCUCCGCUCGAAACUUCUGAGAAGGUUGAAUAUAGCAAGUAUGAUCGACCGAAUGAUGUACGACUUGCGGAGGUUAUGAAACUGAUAGAAGAGCCUGGUGAAAUACUAUCUAGAGAGGAAACGAUGCUUAAUUCAACUACGAAGGAAAUCGUUGUUAAGAAGAAAAUAAACGACGGAACGAUAGUGACGCAUAAGACAUUCGAAAAAAUUGGACAAGAGGCGGUUGAGCAGCCUCCGGAACAGACUCAGAAUUUAUCUUGGACACAAUAUGAAUACGAUGAAUUUGCAAGUCGUUCAGGAAGUACAUCAAAGGUGGUUCGAGAUGAAACCGAAUAUCGUUCGUCUAAGAAAGAGGUUGCCGAUAAGGUGACCAAUCAGCAGUUUAUUGCUGAAGAACGUACUUCAAGUCAACAAACUGAACAAAUGAAAAAGCAACAGGAAGUCAGUGCUCAACAUAAAAUAACUGUUGACGUAGAUGCUGCACACGAUUCAUUCGCCAGAUCACUUCGUUCCUGUUCCCCAACAGGAAGUGUUCGUUCGGUUCACUCGACUUCCGGACGAUCCAGCGUUAGCCCAGACAAAUCUACUCGAAACAGACGAUCACCGUCACGUGAUUCUGAUACUAGUCGUUUCAGUACCCACACUACAACGCGCUCAAGCAGAACCGAUGUUUCCCACAAAGAUUAUAUGCGACCCACUGUUACCUCGGAGCGCAAGCAAUCCAACUUCAAAGAAACGACAAUCCAAGAGUCUUCCUCUACGGAAGCUUACGACACAGUUGACAAAACAAAACUUAAGGAACGCUCGCUUAGUCCGAGAAAGGUUCCACAGAAUACUCCCGACAUGACUCCAAGGGGACUCUCGCCUGACAAAUUGUCGAGACAAUCGUCUCCUGGAAAAACUCCAAAGGAGUCGUCGCCAUUCUGUUCCGUUGGCAACUCACGAAGUGCUUCUCCACUCAAGAGGGACGGAUCACCAACUAAAACUACCUCUGAAAAGUUGGUCCGUACUGAUUCGUCGGAAACAUUCAACAUCGAUACGACAAUUACUAUUUCUACGAAUGAGAAACUUCAGCAACAAGUACGUGAAGAUGUGGAGGUGUUUGAUACGAAGAGUAACAUCACUAACCUGGAUGAUAUUACUAUCAAGGUAAAUCUGGAAAAUGUUACCGAUGACAUCGAGAUAACAACAACGGUUGAACAGGUUGAUUUAAAGGAGGACAAAACUACUGGUGGGCGAAAAUCAGCUGGAACCACUAAAGCAGCAAAACCAACGAAACAAAAGCCACCACUUAUACGCAGUGAAACUUUCGAGGAACGUUGUCGUAAAAUUCUUGGCAUGCCUGAUACUGGUGAACCAGUGGAAGAGACAGCGGAACCGGAUGCACCAAGCAUUUUUAGCACAUAUGAUAAUACAAUGACUAGAAGCUCGGAAAUGCGCGAAAAGCGAAAGAAAAUCGAGCAGGAAAUUAAAUCGAUUGAAACCGAAACAAGAAGAAGCUCACGCAAAACGGAUGAUUUUAUUGCAAUUGAAAGAGGCGUUGAAGCGAAGAAUGUAUCUCCUGUGAGAAAGCCAUCGGAGGUAGCGAAAGAACCGUCCCCUGCCCGAAAGACUUCCGUUAAAGAGCGUUCACCUAGUAAAGCCGCUUCUCCUGUUCGUAAGCCAUUGCAACCCUCACCGGAACGACAACCGCAACAGCAAUCGAAGGAACCAUCUCCAGUACGAAAACAUUCCCAACCCUCUCCCGAAAGACGCCCGAAGGAUGACAUAGCAUUCAAACAACCAAAAGAGACGUCGCCGUCGCGUAAACCAUCGUCUCCAGAAAGAUACCGUAAGGAACCUAAAGGCAUUUCUUCAGUGCGAACACACUCACAGCAAUCGCCCGAACGACAUCCUAGGGAUUUCGAAACUACAAGAUCCAAACCCGUGCAACCAAAAGAACUAUCUCCAUCUCGUAAACCAUCUCAUGCAUCUCCGGAAAGAUACCGCAAGCAACCAAAGGGUGUGUCGCCAGUUCGUACCAAUUCACAGCAAUCGCCCGAACGACAUCCCAAGGAUUCCGAGACUAUAACAUCCAGACCCGUGCAAUCAAAGGAAGGAUCACCGUUCCGUUGUUCCCGCUCACAUGAGCGAACUCCGUCCCCAACCGAGAAAAAACCCACAUCACCAGUACGCAAAGCUUCCGCCGGAUCUCCGACACGUAAAUCGUCCCAUACGACUGAGACCUCUAUCACAAAGAGCACGACUUCGAAGGCAGAUAUACUUGUUAAUCAAAAGAAGGAGGGUAAGAAUCUUUCCGUUACGGAAAUCACUAUACAACCAAUAGUUGACAGCAAGAAAUCCGACAAAAUUCUUACCAAACAAACAUCUGACAGUAAAUUUGAACAACGUAGAACAACGAGCAGCCGUGCGGUAACCAGCAAAAGCUCUUCUGAUUUUGACGUUAAACGCAAAGCAGUUUACGAUAAGAUCGAAACAACAACCGACAAAUCAGUUCGUGCUGCAAACAAACCACGAACUCCAGCCACUAGUCCAGACAAACGACGCCCACAAGACUCUAGUCCAACGAAGUCUGAUAAACCGAAGAAUCACAUCACCGUAGCAAAGAUCAAGAUCGAACCGGUUCGUAAACCUGUCCAAUCAAAAGUAGCCGCUGAAGAUAAAAUUGGUAGAACUACUACAAAAACCAUCAAAACUGUUAGGAAAGUUGUCGGAGACUACACUGAGGCUGAAUCCGAUAAAGACACUGGUAUUUCGGAUAAUGAGGCUGAAAACGAAACGUUGACUACUGUGCAAACAACCACGACCACUUUCACGACAGCAAGAAAACAACCGACUUCCGAUCGAAAGGACUCAGCUCCGGUAUAUCGAACCACUGGAAAGGUAGAAAAGACCUAUCCACGUUCAUCCAGCGAUAAUGGUUUGAAAGCUAACAGUUCCACUACAACUACGACUACUAAAAAAACUACCACCACAAAAACUACAACGACAGCCAACAACACAUCGGCUGCAACUAAGAAAACCGACCGUCCCGUUAAAUGUGUAUCCACAAAAACCAUCAACCUUUCAACAAAACCGGCCAUCGACUCAGGCAAUUUAGACAACGUGAUCAUCGACAUUCAGCAGGCCAAAUCAUCCCGGGAACCAACACCGAACAAGUUGAUUCCGAUUCCGGUCUCGCCGGACGAGGAUACCGGUAAGCCUCGCUAUCCGGAUGCUGUCCAGGAACCGGAUGAUGAACCCAGGCGCGAACCAAGGGUAAACAACAUUCCAAUUUUCGAGGAAGCCACUAACGAAUACGUAGGCUGUGAGAUCACUGAGGUUGAAGAUCACGAGGUUCGUGCCGCGCGUGCCAGCCGAAUUACCAACCUGGAUCGUGUGACCGAGGACGAUGAGUCACUGCUCAGCGUAACGCAGAAGGUUUCGAAGUUCGUCGAAGAGGCAAACAAGCUGAAGGAUGUUCCGACAACGAAAACACCGAACCGAUUCGUUCGUCACGAAUACGAAGAGUUGGAUGAACAUCUCAAGUCGGACGAGUGUUUGCUGAGUGUUUCCGAUAAGGUUACCAAGUUCAUAUCAACGGCGGAAGAAGUGAAGAAAAUUAAAACAUCUGGACCGUUUGUUCCGGAAUGUAAGGUAACGGUCGAUGUGGCUGGUUCGGAUGACUGUUUGCUAAGUGUUAAUGAAAAGGUUUCCAAAUUUGCGAAUGUUGAUGUGAACAAAUCCACUGAUUGGAUGACUUCGUCGGUCACUUCAACAACCGAUGAAAUGGAUCGCUCGACGAUUAGCGUAACGGACAAUGAUGAUUCACUGCUGAGUGUUUCGGAAAAGAAAAAGAAGUUUAUUUCCGGAUCAAGUGCACCACAAAAAUCACCCGAGUUGGUUAAAAAUGUUAUGAAGCAGACUAGUCGGUCGGAGAAAAAAGCUGACGAAACUCUUAAUGGUUUGGGUGGUGAUCAGAAAACGAAAAUUACCGAGCGAUACACGACAGCAACAUUAACCAAGCCAAAAGAUAAGGUUCCGCAGGGUGUCGGACUUCGUAGUACCGAAGCCGUCAAAAAAGUGAAGGAGAUAUUCGAAAAUGGCGGCAAAGCCGCUGCUUCAGAAACUGCUAGACAGAAGGAUAUUUUAAGUCGCCCAUCAGUUUGGGAAGAUCGCAGAAAGAAGGAAGCUUCGUCGUCAAUGACAGUGACAACUACUGAGAAAACUCAAGUUAAAACCACACAGGAAAAAGACCAAAAGGACGUUAAACUAACAGAUAUUGGCGUUUACAAACGAACUCAACCUAAGACGGAAAAAGAUGUAAAGAAAGACGAACCUGCUGAGGUUAAACCGGAAACACCGAAGACACGUCGGGGCAGUGGUUCCCCGCAGACCCCAGCCUACAUACGUGACACCGUUUCGACGAAAAAAGAUUUGUUUGAAAAGAGAAUUUCCUCCUCAAAGUUGGACACUUCCGAGCUUAUAAAGUCGACAACAUCACAGGAAGACGCCCAGGAAUUCCCCAGAAAUACAGCUAAGAGACCAUCAAUCAGUGAAAAAUAUGAGCGGUCAAUCUCUCGCGACACUCCGACACCCGGUAACAAACCUUCAUACAUGAAUCACACCGUAAGUUCUUUGGAGCACAUGAACAGCAGUCGGCGAGAGUCCAUAGAUAACAGCCAACGUAGCAUUAAGAUCGAAGAACAGAUCCAACAGCAAGACAGUACUACCAAGAUGACUAAUAAAUUCGGCGUCGAAUUGAAACGAACUGACUCCGGACGGAAUGUACUUAGUACAUCACCAGUGAAACGUAAGAGUUCAAUAGACACUCAGAUGAUUGAAGAAAAUUUCGAUUUGGAAUCCUUGGAAAAAAUGUUGGAAAAUGUCACAGGUUACGAACAACGUCGGCGAAUUCGGGCCCAGAUUCGAUUGGUUAAAAAGAUGGGUGAAAAGCCUGGAUCAACGGUGACAACAAUGACGACAACGACAACAACGGUUCGAACGAACAGAAUCCGUGAUGCAAGCCCCAAGAGAAAGGAAUCAAGUCCAACUAGAGCGCCGAAGAAAGACGCUGAAGUUCGAGUUACAAAAACAGUGGAAGUGGAAAAGAAAUCCGAGCCCUUCCAACGCAGUGUUAGCCCAACCAAGCCUACUAAGACAGCGAUGAACGAAAAAUCAACAAUAACAUCAUCAUCAACAACAACAACGUCAUCCACAUCCACAGCAAAAACACCAAAACUUAAUGAGCGGAUUACGCAAAAGGAAGCGAAAGAGGAUAAACCGAUAUGGGCUACCAGCAAUAUUCUCAAGAAAGCAUCGGAUACAACGCGAACCUUCCGGACGAGCUCGACCAUGAGUUCGGCCAAGAAAACUACAUCGACCAUGCGGGAAGUACCGAAGGAGACCAAACCGACGGAUUGUAUAACCUCCAGCUAUGGCGUUGGUCCAACAGACGAAAACGGAUUACCGUUGUUCGGAAUUCGAGCUCUAAAGAAAAAAUCAACGGCACCCCCAGCGGACACUGAAACUUCAUCUAAGAUCACCGGAACCUUCGUAACGGAAACUUUGUAUUCGGAAAACGGCUCCGCACCGGUCGGCGAGCGCAAAACUACAGUUUACUCUUCCGACGCAAAAGAUCUGGAAGAUUUGAACCUCUCAAGUAGCAAGCGUAGCUUGGCUGAAGUUCGCGAAAAGCUGUUGGAACGCGAGAACUCCCGCAAGGGAUUGAUUUCCGUCACGAAAACGGAAAAAUUCAGCAACGGCAACAGUCAGGUGACGACCGAAAUCGGUACCAUGGAGGACUUUCCUCACAAGGAACCAAAGGUACUGCGAAAGGGUUCCGUUAAAGAGCUGACAGAACGAUUCGUGCACAAAGAGUCCUCAUCGUCGUUGGUGUCGGAAAAAUCCUACCCGAAAGCGGGUCUAAUUUUGCGUUCCACACAAAGCCAUUCCAGCCGUUCGUCGACGCCGUGUGAAAUCAGUUCGGUUCGUUCCGGUUCGGUCGAUUUCGACGAAAACGACAUUGAGCUGCGGGCAGGAGGGUCUAGCUCGAUCCGGUCGGCUAUGCGGGAAAGUGUGAUGAGUACCAGCGCGACCGCAACCGAGCAGGACGAUGCGGACGAUGGGGUUGUCCUGCGGAAAAGUCAAAGCAGCAGCAGCACCACCCGACAGACACGCUCGUUCCUGAACGAUGGCAGUCGAGUUUCCGGCGUCCAGGAUGUGCUUGAACGGAUGCGGAAUGCAGACAAUGUGGAGGAAACAGGCGACAAUGAAGAGGACCGUGAAGCCCGUGCUCUGCUAAAUAAGUUCCUUGGUGCUUCGGUCCUGAUGAGCGGUAUGGAGUCAAUGAUCGCCAGCGGAAUGAAGGAACAAUCGUCGACCGUAGAAUGUGCACCCGGUACACAAAAGGUUUCCAGAGUAACUACAACCCGGACCGUGAAAUCAAACUCUUCCUCCUCGAACAACGCAUCGAAACCGAGCAUUGAUAACAUUGAACAUAUUUGGGACGAAGCAGUACUCAAACAGUUGCUGGAUUCUUCGACAAACUACGAGGAACGUCGCAAGAUUCGUACACGCCUUCGACAGAUCAUGGCCGAGAAAGAAGCCUGUGCCGACAUCGUGGCCAGCGUAACAGCAGACCUGCAGCGUGAACGGCAGCUCCAGCACCAACAGAGUGCUAACGACUCUAGCAAUAGCACCGCCAGUGGCCUCCAGGGUGAGUCGCUCUUGUUGCCCUUGCUGCAGGGCAUUUUGUUGCAUAAUAAAAGUGGUGCUGGCGGGUCGAAUGGGAUCGUUGGUACUGCUGCCUCGUUAGCGAUCCCACCAGUUGAAGACUCCGGCACGGAGUCCGGUGAAGACCUAAGGCUCCUGGCAGCCGGAUUGCAUGACAACAUAGAAAUGUAUCGUGGUAUCGGUGUCGGUAGUGCUGCCGCCGCCACCGCAUGUGGUAGUGGUAUUAGUGGUGAUGGUAGUAGUAUUAGUAAUGGUAGACCACAGGAAGGUGGGGAAAAUAUUUUGCAUGAAGUUACAGCUGCCCUUCAGCGGUUGCAGUUAUCACUUAGGGAAGGGAAGGAUAUCAAUUUGGAAAUGAACAAACGUAACGCCCUUUUGACACUGGUUUGUCGGCUACAGAUGGGUUUGAUGCAGCCGGAUAAGCUUCCGGAACAGAUUUCUCCAGUUGGAGACCUGGACGAUAAUGGAGAAACGCCAGAUUACAACCAAAUGCGUCGCGGCAGCGGAAGAUUUGCGAAGCGACGCAACCGUAACAAUCGGCAUACGGUUGGUGUCAGUCGCGAAGAAUUGGCAGAUGCUCGUCGAUUUAUUGAAGAAAUCGGUCGGAUUGGAGAUCUGUCCCCACAUUCAAUGUCGGCGACACCGGAGAAAAGUAAAACUCCGGAAAAGUCUCAACUAGCUUAUUCGCUGCAGAAGCAGCAAUCAUUUGGUACAAUCCUUCCUGCACAACCUGUGGCGCCGGCUUCGGUAUUUGCAAUGAAACGUCCCAGCCAAUUCGUACCGAAAGAAAUGCAAACCUCAAAUUUCAAAAACCAUGUUAAAUCCAAUGAUCAAGCUACUCCGUACUCCAGUCGUGAUCGGAAAGCCAAACAAAAACUUUUCCGUCAAUCGCAAAGUUUCGAACAACCGUCGGUUAACGACGAGGAACCAAUUGUUAUCCAGCAUAAGCCGAUCGAUGUUAAACCGUCGAUCGCAGCUAACCGAACUGAUCCUUUCAAGAAACCCGUGCAGACUGCUGCUCAACGGGCCUUGGUGAAAAAAUAUUCUUUCAACGACGGCUCCACCUCUGAAGAGGACGAGCCCCGCAAGAGCGCCGAACAAGUUGUACUACAAAAGAAUUCUAACAAAGGCACUACUAUAGUAAACACCGUUCAGAAGAUCGUUGAUCGCGAAGUGAAAUCGUCACAACCUGUCAACCAGCACAACAUAAGCAAGCAUGCCGGAUCACAGCAUCGGUCCUUGGCAGCACACGAUCUACACGGUCACGAAGGUACCAAACCUGUAAAUAAAUACACGAGCAAAAAACUUAGAAUGAAACGUGCAAAUACAAUCGAUAUUCCGAAAAAACUUUUGAAUAACGAAAUUGAAAGCGAUGAAGAAUCUGAAGAGGACAUGCGCAUCAUGGAAAAGUCACGAGAAGCCAAGCCAAAGACUGCGGCUGAAUUGAUUGUCAAACCAGUAAACGAAGUGCCAAAUUUCAAACCAAAAACUGAAAAUGACAAAAAGUUUAUGGCAUUUUUGCAAAAACAAAACCAGGCAACCAAACAGAUGUGGACCAAUCCCGUUAAAGAGCACGUUGGAGCCAACAAUUGGACGAACAAGUUUGACCAUUUGAAGCACAACUUUGAAAAUGCCGACAAAUUUGGUAAGGUAGCUUCACCAUGCAAGAGUGCUACACCGAAAAAUUCAGCAAUGAAUUUCUGGAAAAAGGCCGAGAGCGCUUCCUUCGAUGAGACGCUCCAUGCGCAACAUGCUUCUUCUGUAAAACGAGAAUCUUCGAAACCUCCUAGAUCGGCUCCAACUGUUCAAAAUUAUGCUCCUCUUAAGGCACCAGUUCAGCCAAAAUUACCUCCCAAACCUGUUUUCCCUAACCACUUGCCAUCAACAAGCGUUGUAAAGUCCAAAACAGCUCCGCAUACGAUGUCCCAGCCGGUGACUUCCACUCACAAUGCUUCCAAGCCACCAACCUCUUCAUCAUCCCAGGCAGCAUCCUCCAACCAAUUUAGCCACGCUCCAACAUCCGCAUUCAAACCUAUAGCCAAAAAGCCUGCCCCGAUAAAUCUCGAUUUCAAACCCAUCCACCACGAACCGGAAGUCGUCAAACCUAUCCCAUCACAUGUCACCUCCGGUGUUGUGAAGCAAAUUGUCGCUUCCGGUUUCAAAGAAACUCCCGAUGUCAAACCUGAACCGCUCAACGUUCAGAUCGGUUUGGUAAAAUCGCUGGCAGCUGCGGGAUAUCACGAAACGCCUUACGUUCCUCCACCCAAGAUCGAACGUACACCAACGCAUCACGUUCUCAACUAUCAAGCCAAACCGGAGCGUGCCGAAUCCCCAACACCCGCGGCUCCCUGGAUCGGUAAGAAAACAACAGAAAACAAUAGUCGUGUAGCAAGCAUUGCGUCAACCAAAUUCACAGCUAAUCAAUUCGGACUGAAUAAGGGCGCGCUGCCAACGCAAACUCCUCUAACUUACCAGGGUUCACUAAAAUAUAACGAAAAGCCAGCUGUAAUUCAAUAUUCCGACCGGCUUCAAGGAAAAAGACCAUCUUUACCCGAUGUUGGGGAGCGUAAAUCUCAGCCUAAAGCUGAGAACUUUACCUACACCUUCACAGAUUACACCCUGCCGGAGUCCAUAUCGACGUUUACGCUAAAUCGUAGCGAUUCCUUAACCAACCCGGACAAUCAACCGCUCAUUUUGACCAGUACUAAUUCGAUCUAUAGUCCGUGUCAACAGCAAAUCAACUUCCUCAGUGUAACCGACCAGCACAGUUCCACGUCCUUGUCUCCAAACAACGAAGACGGAGACGACCUGGAUUCGUUGGACUCGCAGGAAAUGCGUGUAACCACGAAGGUGAUGCGAGCUCCAGUUAGCCAGCAGGCUAGCUACACCAGCAGUAAGACUUCUCACUUGGGUAGCUCGCCAGAUCGUGGUUCGUUGAUUGCUCAGAACCUGCAGAGUUCGUUGAAAAAAAUCCAACAGAAAAGUCCUACCCCUCCGAGCCGUCAAAUGACGACUGCGAUACAGCGAACUCAGCCGCAACAGUAUGCCGCGCCAAAACCGGAAACAAUUACACAGACUCCCGCAGUUAUGAAACCUCAACCGCCUGCUCCGCCGACGGCAUUCAAUAUCCCUCCGCACGCUAUCUUCAACAAUGUACAUCGAAAUCCUCUCUACGAACCACCUCGUCCUGCUCCACUAGCUCGAACGGACUCAUGGACGCACAUGCAUCACCACUCUAUGUCCAAUGGAUUAGAACGAGCUAAAUCCAGUCACACCUUGGCUGUUCCUUCGCUGCUCGAAAGCAGUCAUAGACCACAGCAGAAUGGUGUAAUUUCAGAUAAACAACGAACCAUGGAAGCGUACUUUGCUGGCCAAAAGCCAUCGCUGAAUCCUUUAACGAAAACACCAUCAACCAGUAAUUUCCUGCGUGAUAAGAGUGGUAUGUCCCAAAAUAACGUUCGGCCGGUAUCGUAUGCCAUGGGUAACAGUUACAAUCCAGCGCAGUAUAACAUUAGGCAAUCGAUUCCCAACUCCCAAACCCAGCAAAUGGGUGGAUAUCCUGCAUUGACACAGUCCAUUUACCAACCGGCAAGCCAACAGCAGCGGACAUCGUCGAUAGUGCACCCGCAUCAUUCGCAACAGCAGUACUACCACCAACCUCCGCUGGGUACUGGAUUGGUACGUAGUCGGACGAUGCCCCAUAUACCGUUGAACAAUCUGAACCUUUUGGACGAAGACAACGUCGAUGAUGCAUUUGAGGAGCUAAUGAGCCAAUCGUUUGCUGCUUAGCAUACUGGCGGAAUUGGGCCAUUUUUUGUAUACACUAGCUGAUUCCGUAGACUUUGGAGAAGGAUACUCCAUGAGUCGGAAUCGGGAAACAUUCCACAUUGUGUAUGUGUUGGUGUCGUCGAUGUGUCACGCCGGCAACGUCGACGUAACGACGUUGAAAUAAAAGGGAAUUAGUUUUCAGUGUAUAGAUUGCAUCCUAGCAGGCUGUGUUUGAUUUUAGUUUGUAAAAUUAGUGAGAUAAUCUGUACUUGAGCGCUACUAGUGUCAAUGCGGGGAAUUAGUGGAAGGAAAGGAAAAGAAACGCACACAUUCGUACAAGAACUCGCAUGCAAAAUUGUUGACUAGAAAGCAAAGUUUGCAGCAUUAUCUAUUCUCUGUGAAAAGCUUGGUUUUCAUGUGAAUGUUUAAGCUUAAUCUUGUAAUUUGUAUUAAGAAAAAAAAAACCGAAUCAGUUUCGGGGACAUGGACAAUUUUUUUUUGUGAACGAAUCGCUCUAUCUAUCUUUGGCUGUCACUAAAACGAACUUUAUGGGCGAAGACGAAGCCCAACCGAUGUAUAAGAGAGCGAGAGAGCAGCUGUUGAAUAUUUAAAUCGGAAACUUCAUACUACUAUUACUACUACUACUAUUACUGCAAAACUGGUCGUUAAGCAUCUGAAUGUGCAUCCUAACAAUCAACCUAGGAAGAUUUGAAGAAACAGAGUCGGUGCUUUCCGUCGCUACAGUACAAAAUAGUAGAACUACAAAGUAACCACUACAUCGACUUCGAAAGUACAGUCCCAAGAUGGCGGCGUAGUCACCACCCGAACAACAGUGACAACCAAAACUGUCGGUCCGGCCAAACCGAUGUCCG